CUGCCAGUGGAGACCAGUUCCGCUGUCCCGGCACGCACGACUCGCGUUUGCGGUUCGGCACAAGCAGGAAUCGACUUGAAUGACUCGGGUUCUCCACGUUGGAUUCUUCACGGAUUUUGGAACUGGAAAAGCUCGGGUCCCACUGCAAAACUUGGGAAUGAGUCCUUGACGUCGGUGGUGGGCGUUUAAAUUCGGGAACUCCCCCUCAUCCUCGCCGCUCGCUCUUUCCUCACCUAGAACUGUAGGACAUAGUAGUCGCCAUGUCAACGACAAAGACCCCAGCCUGGCUCUUAGCAGGCCAGAACGGCCCAUCGAGCCUCGAGUUCAUCGAAGAGUACGAGCUCCCGCCGCUCGGCGACAAUGACGUCCUCGUUCGGAUCCACGCUGUGGCGCUGAAUUAUCGUGAGCUCGCCAUUGCGAGGGGAAAAUUCGGCCUCCUUCUUCCCAACCCGAUUAUCCCCUCCAGUGACGGCGCCGGAACUGUCAUUGCAACCGGAUCAUCCGUCAAGAACUUCAAAGAGGGCGUUCGUGUCGUGACGCAUCUUACCGUGAACAGUCCAGAGGAUAGCGCACCUACGUUUGGCGAAAUCGGUUCCGGUUUGGGUCAAGUCGCCCAUGGGACGUUGACGCGGUACGGUGUCUUUCAUGCGACUUCGCUUGUCAAGAUGCCCGAGACGCUGAGUUUCCGCGAGGCGGCGACGUUGACCUGUUCUGGGCUGACGGCUUGGAAUGCGCUAUUUGGGAUCCCUGGGAAGUUUGUUCCAGGGAAUCUAGGGGGGAUGACAGUGCUUGUGCAAGGCAGUGGAGGGGUCAGUGUUGCGGCUUUGCAGUUCGCUCUCGCAUCCGGCGCAACUGUAAUCGCGACGACGAGCUCUGAGGCGAAGGCUGUAAAGCUAAAGGAGCUUGGGGCUUCUCAUGUCCUCAACUACAAGACCACGGCGAAUUGGGGCGAGAUUGCCAAAUCUCUUACUCCAGACAGCCGCGGUGUUGAUAUUGUUGUUGACGUUGGUGGGCCGUCGACGGUGGGGCAAUCGCUAAAGGCUGUGCGGACUGAUGGGGUGGUUUCUCUGGCUGGAUUGUUGGGCGCUGGAACGGAGGCUAACGUACCCUCCAUUAUGGAUGCCCUGUCUCAUCUGUGCAUCACGCGGGGGUUUUUACUCGGGACACGGGUGCAGUUCCGGGAGAUGAACCAGUUUAUAGAUGAGAAGGGAAUCAGGCCAGUUGUUGACGAGAGAGUCUUUACGUUCAAGGAGGUGAAGGGGGCAUAUGACUAUAUGGAGGCUCAAAGUCAUUUUUCAAAGAUCGCGAUAGAUAUAGAGUAAGUUCCAAUACACAUGGAAAAUAAUCUCAAGCAUCGUCAAUAGAAGCGAAAUGAAUGAACGCGAAGACGUGCCGACAACAACAACAACAACAAUAACAGCAGCUAGCAAGGUAGCUAGCUACAGGCGGGAAAGGGCCUAGUAGACAGUGAUGGAAGCAGAUCCACUGCUCUGGUAACCUUCAGUGGCCACAAUCUGAUAGUUGUGUGUACCCAGACUCAUGCCAAAUCUGGCCCAGGCAUUGAAGUGAUUUCCGGUGGUAACGCUGCCCGAAGUGCGCUUCGACUGGCGGACAGACCAGAACUGGGUGAAGGUCCUGGUUCCCUCAAUCGAAGGCGCGUUGACGCGCUGAGAGGUAUAGAUGUCGUACGUCGCGCCGUCCGAGUACACAGUUCCGCGGUGAGUGCCACCACUGCCGGGGUUGUAGUUGCCAUAGGACUCGACGAUGUAGUACUCAAUCAGGGGGUUCUGAGUCCAGCCAUAGACCGCGAGGUAGCCGUUACCACUGGGGUUGAAGCUACCGCUGUAGCUGAUGGUUCUGCUACAGUUAGCUUUGGUCUCUUAACUGGCUCAGCGGCUGUACCUGGUGCUUCCAGGGUUCCAUCCUUUUCCGCCGACAAAGUUGCCGACAUUGGACCACUGUACGGAGUAGGAUCCUGCAUUGCCGUUGGUGUAGGUAACAUCGCCGCCGCCAUCCGUCCAGAAAGAAUAGUAGUAGCCGUUGUGGUAGCCGGUGGAGCUAGGAGUGGAGCGUUCGAGAAGGGAAGUCUCGCCGACAGAUCGCUCGGCGACCUGGUCAGCUGGAGCAGCGAGUGCUCCGAGAGCAGCAGAGAGGGCGAGAAAGAUGGCAGAGAAGGAAACCAUUUUGAUUGUGAGUGCCGGGUUGGAGUUGUGGAUGAGUAUCCCGUCAAGGGCAGAUGCGCCGUUUUAUACCCAUCCCCUGGUCGUGGAGACUCAAUCUUGGUGGGUCGCGCCAUUCCAGGCAUUCCAUGACUAACCGUCGCGGUGUUGAUGGUGUCUCGAACAUCAGGCUAAAUGUAUGUGAAACGGAAAGCGUCGGGUGCCCACUCAUCCGUCUCACAUUUAGUGCCAACCACGGGCAAGUUUCUUCAGGAAGAAGAUCGCCGUGAACUCCUUGUCCCAAAAGGAAUGUCUUGAAAUCUUGGCACGGUCAAGCAUCCGCUAGAAUCCUGGAUUCCAGCGUCGCAUGAGCAUAUAGGCUGAAUUGUUGAAUAGUAUAGCCGAUUGCUCUAGCAGUUGACGAUCGCGUCGGCGGGGAAUAAAGUUCUGGAUAAAGCCGGACUGCGGGGAAGCUCUAG